AUGGAGACUCCUUCGAAGCGUCCGAAACUUGAAAAUGAACUGAGCAUGAAUCCAGUGAUGAAGUUUGGAAACUCGUUUAGAUGGAAAUUCGAAGAUAUCAUGACUUUAGGAGAAGAGCCACGAUUUAGUGAUAGUUAUUUUAUUGAUCGAUACGAAUGGAAACUUGGAGUCAAAGUUGAACGACAUUAUUUAUCGGUCUUUUUGAAGUAUGAAAACGACGACAAAAAAUGGUUGUGCGAAUUGGACGGCGAAUUUCGUUUAUUGAAACAAGAUGGAGGCGGCUAUGAAAACAAAUCGAAGUUCAAAACUCCCGUAAUUUUGACGGAAACUGAAAGAUGUCGUGGAAUUCCAAGUUUUAAAGGGUGGAAUGAGGUCAUUGAAUAUGACUAUGUUCAGGAUAAUUCGCUGAUCAUUGAGGCUGAAUUCAACUUCAAAAUUUAUCAUUUUUCCAAACAAAUUCCGAAUUUUACGGAUAUUUGUAUUGAAGUUGGAGAUGCUGAGUUUUAUGUUAGCAAAGGAUUUUUGUGCAGCAGCUCUUCGUAUUUUUAUGAUCUUUUGAUCGCAAAUGAUACUAAAGAAACACGGUUCAAAAUCGACGAUGUCACACCAGAUGAGUUUUGUGUGUUUUUGGCUUCAUUGUAUCCAAUAACAAUUGAUUUGACAGGUAAUUCUUUCAUGACAAUGACACCACGUAAAUAUCCCAAAUUUUCAGACGAAAAUCAGUCGAUUCUAUUCGCUAUCGCUGAAAAGUUUGGGGUUCGUUCGAUUCAUUUGAAAUUUGAGCAAUAUAUGAUUACAAGCAAUCGCUUCAAAUUGAUCGAAAAAGUCAUUUUGGCUGAAAAUCAAGGAUACGAAUAUUUGAUGAAUCAUUGUUUGAACUCUUUUCGAAGUGCACGCGAAAUCAAAGUCUUCUCGCAAUCCUACGAAUACAAGGAUUUGAAUGAUUCGACAAAGUUGCGCCUUUUGGGAACACUUCUGAAACUUUGUUAA